GUCGCCAUAGCCCUCGUGGACCAAUUUCUGACGAUGGUCAAUAUGCAAGCAGGGCGGGUACGAACAACAACGACGGGAGGGCGGGGGGCGGCUCUCUUCAUGGCCAACCCUGGGACUCUUCGCCUGCCCGCUAGGACAAGCAAUAAAAGACGACCUGGCGCUGCAGAAAGAUACACAAGAGGGGGUAUCAAGAGCGCCGCGACUUCUGGGUCCCAACUCUAGUUUCGGUGUUGCAUACUCGGGGUUCGUGAGUAGCGGUACGCGGCCUUAGGUUUACGACGUCACCGGGGCAUAUGCCUGAACGAUGUUUUGUCCUCCCGGCGGCAGGUCAAGGCUCGGUGUGUUGUUUAUUUUUCGCUUCCGCGUUUUUGCGCCGAUCGCCGUCUGUGAUGUUGUCGUUUUGGUGUUUGUCUAUUUGGUUGUUGCGGUGUAGCGUUCGAUGGGACCCUCUGGUUCCUGUCCUGUUUUUAUUUCUUUUGUUCCACUUUCCUUUCUUUUCUUUCUUUCUUCGUCCGGCCCCUUUUUUGCCGUGUUUGGGUUAUAUCCAGGUCCUUUCUUUUUUUGGUGCGGGUCAAUCUAUCAUCAAAUCGCUCUUGUUUGUUGUUUUUUGUUUGUUCUGUUUUUUUUUUCUGCGUCUAUCUGUGCUUGUCGACCUGUGUGCUCUGCGAAGAAAACCGUGUGAGCCGCGUCUCGAGUUUGUUGAGCGGGCCUGCGGUGUGCGAACUAAACGAUGCCUA